UCUACAGGAAUACAUGGGCAACUGAAAUACCACGCCAGUCGAUGGAUUGUUCUGCAUCUGCUUCCCUUCACGUCUCUCUGGCAUUUUUUUCUUCCUGCUUUUGCAUAUACAAGCAUCAACGAUGAUACAUACAGCCUGCAUCCACCCCAUCCACGGGCUCUAGCAGUGCAAUAACGCUGUCACAAAGUGUAUUCAUAGCUCAGACAGCCACAGAUUGUGUAGGUAGGCCACAGAGAACGUGCAGUGUGCGGCUACUACUGUGUCAGACCCUGUAAAACACGUUAGGAACCAGGGGUCGUUUAAAAGUGACUGAUUUACGGCUUUUAUUGCUCUAUAAAACGCCUCUAACAUCCUCACUAGGGGUAAUAGAAAUGUCGUGCGCAUUCUUUACAAACAGUACAACCGGAAUUAUGAUAAGCAAUUUCACGUCGUUUUUAACCGUAUUAUUUAACUGCUGCUGUGAAAAUAGAUGCUUAACUUGCAAUGUGAUGGUUUGAAUGGAAAUAUACCAUUGUAUUAUUAUUAUUAUUAUUAUUAUUAUUAUUAUUAUUAUUAUUAUUAUUAUUAUUAUUAUUAUUACUCUCCACCUGAAGACAUAUAAGUGAAACAUGGGGGUGUUAAGGUGAUAGGGAGGUUAACUUCACUCUGUCUGCCUACAGCUGACUCUGAGACAACAAUGGGAAGCUUCCAGCACAUGACAAGUUUAUACACCCAGGCAGUAUCAGUUUACAAUAAAACAACAGACCACCAGUGCUGUAGGCUGUGGCUCAUGGUCAGUGCUUCAGCCAGGGUUAGCAUGUAACAUUUUCAGGGUGGAUUUUCCUGAAGGCUGCUGAACAAAAGAAAAUGUUGUAAUACUUUCAGUGUUUGUAUUUUACUGUUUAGAGUAACCAUGUUUUUUUUUUUACUAAUCAUAGGGAUGUUGCAUUCUGCAAUUCUUCUUCAGCACUUCUUGUAGUUUCGACGGCCUGUCUCAUCUGCCUAACAGUGUUGUUUUUCCUCACAUAGAUGCUGUUCAUUGAUUGUUCCUGCGCUUUUAUUUGGGCCAUUACAAAGCUCAGAAACAUGUGCACCAAGUAACAGAUAAGGGCUUUUUCAAGCUGUAAAACUGCAGUCAGAAGAAAGGGGAAUUAGCACCACUCAAGACCACAAGGACUGGUGGCUGAUUUCUAUUUACACGUGUCGUGAAUUGCUAUCAUGCAUUUAGGACAGAUGUUCACUUAGUCAAGAGUGUGUACAGCAGACUCUCUUGUCUGCAGCAACUUCACAGUGACACAAUACUGGUCCUGCAGUUAAAUCAGCAGCUCAUUACACCCUCUGCUCUGUGACAUAAUAGUGAUGUAGUUUCACUGCUGGCUGGUUUGUGAGCUCCUGGUGAAUGCUUCUCUGCAGGGUUGUGUGUCCCUGAUCUGUGACAUCAUAUUAGUGAUAUUAUGUAAGUUUGAUCAGUUGGAUGUUUCACGCCUGCUUAGCCCGCAUCUGUGUUGCAGUUUUGUUGUGUCUAUGACAUUUUAGUCUGUGGCAUAUCAGGGUUUAUAUUCAAGUUUUGAUUUAUGCAAUGUUUUGUUUUUUAUGGUUGCUUUGUUGUGUUGUGCCUUAUGGAAGCAAAGAUUAGAGAUUAAACAAGUUUUGCUUCGUCUUUCUGUAGGAUAGAAUAGAAGCACCUUGGACGGAUUCUCAAAAUCUUUUAUAUUGUAAAGCAUUUCACAACUUUUGUUCCAGCAGAUUUUGGCUACAUUAAAGCAGCAACCUCAGAUACAGAAUCCUUCUGUAAUUCAGUCCCAUUCUUAAUGCUAUAUACUGAGAUAUUUAUAACUGAGCCAUUUGUAUCUUUUAAAUCAUUUUCGUUAUAUUUUGUAACUUUGUAAUAUACUGUAUUAUUUAAUUUAGUGUAGUUAUUUACUGUUCUUACUGUCUUGGAGCAACUGUGGCCACAUAAUUUCCUCGGGGAUUAAUAAAGUAUUCUGAUUCUAAUUAUUCUUACCAAUUUUCAUUUAAAAGCUGAAAAAAUCCAUACAAAUGUGUAGUCUGAAAGAAAUUAAUACGGAUUCGAAAUAGAUAGACCUAAAUUUCUCAUUGUUGAAGAACCUGCCACUGAGGCAGAUUGUUUCUCUCUGUCCACUUCUGUCCAGCACUACAAAUGAUCAGUCUUCAUCUCCUCCAAAGCUGGAGAGCAUUCACCUCUCCACCUCUCCACUGACAUUCAUAGUCACGAUAUCUUACCUAUGUUACUGCUGAAAUGGUUUAUAGGGAAUAAAGAAAGAAAACUUAAAGAAAGAAAGAAAGCAAUCCAGACCUUAUUCUUAGUCUUGUGAAGAGACCCUGGACUAUGUCACAGCUGAAGCUUUGUUGUCAGAGACGGUCUUUGUUAAUCAGCCGAUCAUCUUUAUAUAAGGUGUUAUAACUAACACAAUAACUGGUUUGCCAUUGUUGUACCUCAUCUUUGUCCCUUUGAAUAAUUGAGACCACUGUAUUUGCCUGUUAUAUUUUUUCCUUGGUCAGCAACUAGCUACUAGUUUUGUCCCCAAGAUCAAUUGCCUUGGUAACGCAGCCAGAGAGAGAGAGAGAGGGAGAGAGAAAGAGAGAGAGAAAGCGCGAGAGAGAGAGAGAGAGAGAGAGAGAAAGAUUUGUGCCCACAAUGGCGACUGUAGGUAUGCUAAAUACCUCUGGUUCCUUAUCCGGGAACUACCUCUUACCCUGCUAUUGGGCCAUUGGGUCACGUGGUAAAAGUAACUUUACAGGGCUGCUCGCAAGUAGGAGGGCUUUAUGGAGCAGAAAAACGACAAAGCUAGAAAAAUUAUUUUCCACUCCAGAAAUUAAUGAUCAUGAGCUCGUAUUUGAUGGAGUCUAACUACAUUGAUCCGAAAUUUCCUCCAUGCGAGGAAUAUUCGCAAAAUAACUACAUCCCCGAGCAUAGUCCAGAAUAUUACAGCCGCGCAAGGGACACUGGCUACCAGCAUCACCAUCAGGAGUUAUAUCCUCCGCGGGCGAGCUACCAAGAGCGCCAGUAUAACUGUGCAAGCAUCCCUGAACCUGACACGCCAAGGGGACAUGGAAUACCCCAUUCUGCGCAUCUACUGACAGGGAAAGGGCAGCCUGCUUCAUGUGAAACCCCACAGUUGUCCAUGUCCCCCGCCACCCCACCGGCCGCAACCUCCGCCUGCAACCAAGCUACCCCGGAGCAUCCAAACAGCACAGCCUCCUCCAAACAGCCUGUGGUGUACCCAUGGAUGAAGAAAAUUCACGUCAGCACUGUGAACUCUGGUUACAAUGGGACGGAGCCCAAGCGGUCUAGGACAGCAUACACCCGGCAGCAAGUCUUAGAAUUGGAGAAGGAAUUCCACUAUAACCGAUAUUUAACUCGGCGGAGGCGCAUCGAGAUCGCACACACCCUGGUUCUCUCCGAGCGGCAGAUUAAAAUCUGGUUUCAAAACCGCAGGAUGAAAUGGAAAAAGGAUCACAGGCUCCCGAACACCAAAGUGAGAUCCUCGUCCUCUUCCUCCGGGUCCAACACAAGCUCAGCAGCCGGCGCUGUUGCCGCUGCCUCGGCCACUAACACGGGGGCCCCCGACGAACUUACCGGAGCCCAGCAUGGCGAGGAUAUUACCAGGUUAUAAAACCAUGAACCAAUACUGGGGGUAGAAUAAGAACUGGUUAUUUAUAGAACACUUAUAUAUUUUGUUUUCGUAGCUAUCUUGUGCGGUUUCCUUUAAGUCCAAAGUUAUAUAAAAUGCAUGUUAUAUAGCAUGGAUUACUGCGAAUACCGAUGAAUUAUUUUUACGUGACACAGGGUUUAAUUUAUUUGAAGUUCAAUUAAAAUGAUGUUUUUUAUUAAAAAAAUGUUUUGAAUGAAGGAAGAAAAAGUAGAAAAAAAUAUACAUUUUAUCAAAAUGUUAUUGUGGGCCAUUCUUUUGCCCUGCUGCCCAAGGUGAAAUGCACAAUCUAUUUAUUUCAAACAACACUGGAAGGAAAUCACUAUAAUAAUAGUUAUUUUUGGUAUAUAAAAAAGAAAGCUGGAACACACCAUUGAUCUUGAACUUGUAUGUUUAGGAGAAUAACAAUGUGUGAAUUACCUCGUGUAUUUCAGAAACAGGAUUUUUCUUUUUCUUUUUCAUUUUGCAAUUUAGUUUUGUGGUGUUGAUGUUGUGUUUUAGACCGUUAAAAGCAGAUUAUUGUGAAAUGCAAUAAACGGAGUUUAGUGUACUUGUGCUAAUCAUAUUGGUCAAUAAAACAGUGAGUGUCUACUAGUUUUAAAUACGUUUGUUCCAAGUUCAUUUUAGGUAAGGUGAGGUCUACUGUUGCAAGAUUGGAGGCGCUCCUUAAAAGUGUACAGAUGUGUGAAUACUGGACAUUUCACGAGGGAAACAAAAAUCACUGUGUUUUUAAACUGUGUUUGUCAAUCCUGCAGCUCCCUUUUUUGCGUGUUUAUAUUAGCAAUGUGUACAGACACUGAGUGUGUGUAUGGUUUGUGUGUGUGUGGGAGAGAGGGGUGUGUGUGUGUGUUGUGUGUGUGUGUGUGUGUGUGUGUGUGUGUGUGUGUGUGUGUGUGUGUGUUAAAGCUUCACUCAUAAUGGAUUGAAGUUAUUUCUAAAAUAUGAAAAUGAAAUAGUUUGCGCUGUGCAGUAUACAUGCAACCUCAUCAGUCUGAAGGGCAUUCAAUUAGACAAGCCACUGAGGCCCUCCAGUCCACAUUGCACUGCCUCUGCCAGUGCCACAAAAGAAGCUCCUCGCUUCCUUCGUCCUGACUUGAACACAAAGAUGCAUGCGUUUAAUUUAGAGUACAUUUGCAAUGUGUUAGAGAUUUUAGAUUGUUGUGAAAUUAUUCAUUUUGUACCAAUAGUGGUUGCCCUGCUUUUUCUAUAGUCCUCUGCGCCAUGCGACUGGGUUUUCAAAUGUGAAAUGAAUAAAAAAAAAUAAAGUCGUGAUCUGCCGAUAGAUUCAGUAUAAUGCGUCGUGUGGUCUUCGUUAAAUAUCUGAGUGAAGAUGCUGAUGAAGUACACUAGCUUACCUUUGUUUUUGUUUUGUUUUUUCUAAACAUUUUUUUUUUUUAAAUUGAUCUAAAGCAGUGCCCUUUCCACAAAAAGGAAUGCUGUUGUUUUCUUGUCUGUUCACUCUUUGACUCUUGCUUGUAUAAACACUUUGGCUCAUUUGUCUGCUGACUCCCCAGUGGGCAGUUUGCCUCCGUAGUAUGCAGCAGCUCGCGAGACUGUAGAAACUUCAAAAAACGGCGCUAAGGCGUCUCUGUGCAACGUCAUCGUGCGACUUUCAUCUGGCAGGGGGACCAACUCACUGCAGGACUCUUUGCUGCUGAAAACCUGGUGGACUGAUGCAAUAAUUUGAAGAAAGUCUUUUAAACUGAAUCCUCAACUGAAGUGCCUGAAGUGCUUUUAUUUUGUCUCCCAUUCUUCCUCCCAUUUUUUGGAACAAAUUUGGGAAGAAGGAUUUCGGUUUAAAAAUGGCUUGAGCCCAAAGACGCGCAAGAAUUUGAUAGAUUAUUGAAAUUGUGACAUGAAUAGGCCUUAUAAAAUGCCUCGCGUAGUGGGAGGCAAAAGAGCACAAAAGGAUGAGGUAUUUUCCAUCAUCAAUCUUUCCCCAUAGAGCUUUGUGUUCUGUUCUGGAAAACAGCUCUGACAACAACCAGUUUUGAUCUUAUCAAAUAUUAUGUAUACAGGGUCGCAUCCUUUGCCACUUUUCUUUUUAUUUGACUGCUUUUCCCACAAAUGUGAAAGUUAAGCUGGACUUUAAGCUGGACCAAAGAGGUUCAAAUCUACUUUUUGGACGGGGCUUUGGAUAGGCAGUAGAAUAGUGGUGAGACGGCGCUGAAAAAUGAAUCUAGAAGCCUUUAUGUUGCUGGACAGAUUAGAGAAAUUAAUGUGCUCGCCACAGUCCCAGCAUCCCUCCAGCCUCUUUCUAGGCCCUGUCGCCUCCAUGUCGCGAAGCUGAAAAGGUACUUUAUUGAAGUUUGGGGGCGAAAUGGUAGAAGGCCGAGUUCACCUCGGGGACACAUUUUCUGUCCCAUUAGGCUCAUUUCAGUCUGGAUGGCCGACCUCUCCAACCCUGUGACCCAACUCACUUUCUAUACGUGUACCUUCUGUGUGCGCCCUCGCUGGUCCCCUUCGGCCUCGGCUUUCUUUGUGGAUUUUUCUGCGUUGUGCCGAUAGAGAGGCCUGCUGCGGGGGAUCACUCAAUGUGUUUCUUCCUUUGUUAAUCAGGGGGGGACACUGGACAGGGCUGAACUCUCGGACAGUUCUCUUCCUUGCACCCAGCAGAAUUGCAGGAUUUCCACACAGGCACCUUCUUUUUUAAUUUCGUAAUCUUUCGAUCUCCCGUGAAGUCGUUUCCAAAUCAAAGUGGCAAAGGUUUGUGGUAACAUUUAGUUAAUGGAGUGGCAACAUACAUAUAUAAAUUUACGAGAUAUUUUUUAAGUCUGUCUGAGAAUAGAAGGAAAGGGUGAUUGCGGAAAUAUUGUUUUGUUAACGUAUUAAAAAUGGUAUUUUUAAAUUGAAAUGAUAAAUAAGAUGUAAACAAAACUACCGUUUUAGUUCCCUGAAGACCCCCCACCCAAACAGGAGCAUUAAAAAUAGUGUCUAUUGAUGCAGUCACAUGACUCCUGUGUGGCUUAAGAGAAUAGCUGGUCUCCGGUCAGCACUUACAUUCAGAAGUGAGCUGCCAAUUAUAGAUGUUUCUGACAGUACUGGGACAGUUGGUCAUUGUGAUUAGUUUAUGGACAAAGACCUUCAAAAACCUUCAAACUUCCCAUGGAGGCUCGGCACUUCCCCAAACUUUUAUUUUUAGCCACAUGCAUUUUUUUCUCUGACACAGAGGAGAGUAAACUUCAGAACAGAUUACUAAUUAAGUUUUGUUAGAAGCAGAAGCUGCUCAAAAAUAUAAGCGAUGAUGUCAACCCUUGAGAUAUUAUUGAUGGGAUAAAUCACUAUUCGCUUAAAAAAAAAAUUAUAUUCGGAAACUUUAUCCGGUUUUGCAGGCAGAUUUCAGCGUGUUAGCGCGCUUUGAUCUUCCUGGUGUGAACCAAAUAUUCAACGUUGAUGGAAAAAUAUUCGACAGCCCGUCUUCCAGGAUAAACAGUUGACACUGAAAGCCAAACUAAUCUCACCGUCUGUCAGUUGUUUAUGUGAUAAUUCAUCCUCCUCCUCGUGUCUGUACAGGUGCAGCUCGAAUUACACUUCGAACAAUGACGACAUGUCCCUCUUUGUUUGAGCUCUUGUAACUGAAGAUUUGCGUUAAAUGGAAUGAGAGUGUAUGAGGCACAAUUUGACUUAGCGUUGCCAGGGAUUUAACUAAUACACCUGUAUUAGGCGUUGUCUGAUUUAUUAUGUGAAUAAACAAAACGUGUGGUUUAAUAUUAUUGCUAUUCAAACAAAAGGCCAGUCAGUCAUAAAUCAGUGUCACUCUGCUGCUUUUUGUUUUGUUUUGUUUUGUUUUUUUUUAAACUUUGUUCUAAUACACAGUGGAAACUUUUGAUCAUAGCAACACAAAUGCUCAACAACAUUAAAUUUAACGAUAGAAAAUGAAUCAUGGCGUACACACAUAUUUUCGUUGUCUCUUCUCACGUGAUCUAAGCAAGAGCGUAACUCACUAAAUAAUUCUCUGUAAACUUCAAAGUGAUAUGGCCUUACCUGUGACAAGUUCUGCACAAAUGGAUAGCAGUUUAAUUCUUUAAGUUUAGAAUGAAGUAUUUUUGGUUUCACUCCAUUCAGCUUUUUAGGUCAUGGUAGAUUUUUUUUUUUAACUUUUAUUAUUUGCCCUCCCCCCUCCCCCGCCCUGGGGCUGAAUCUGAAGAAUUAAUUUGAGAUGAGUUAUUCUUUCAGGGAUCUGGUGCAUUUUGUGUGUUUGAAGUUGAGUGUAUAAAUUCCUCAGUCUUUACUCAGCUAACUGGUUUCUUCCCUGACUUGAGACUGUUGAAUCACACAUGAAUUUCAGCUCACAUUGCACUGCUGCAAGCUGCAUGUGAUUUACGAGCACCUCGGGCGAGGACUUUCUCUGUGAAGAUAUAUGUAUGAAAAAAAGAACUUUGCACACAAACACCAAUCGAAAUGUUUGAACAAAACCAAAUACGAAACACGGAAGCGCCUCUGUUCUGACGCUUGCGCUCUCGAUUGCCUGCUUUUAUUGUCUGCGCCGGGUUAAGUGCAAACUGUUUCAAACUCGUCUCAGGUGAGUGUCUUCUUCAUUCACUUUGGUUUGUCAUAAAAGGUCCGGGGCCGGUGCAUUGUUAUCCUGUAGUGUGUUUAAACGGCAGCCAUGGCAGCUGCAUAAAGGCUGGGAGUUGAAACAGGGGUCAUGCUGCUAUUUUCCAGGGAUAGAGAGGCUGUCUCACAUUGACCAGCAGUGGGUGUGUCAUAAAUCCGUAAAUCUCUCUCUCCUAUCCGUUCACUCAAGGGAGUAAAUGCGUCGGCCUGGUGUGUGCGCGCAUGCGUGGUGGAGGUAGAGUUUGAUUAAUUUACAUAAAACUAGAUUUUAAAAAGCCAUCAGAAAUGUUAAAAGUGAUUUAGUGUCGGCGCUGGCAAACAUUUCAAGCAGGAGACGACAAAGCAGCUUGGACUGGUGUCCCACUGUAGAGUUGACAUCGCACAGGAAAUGAUGGCCUGGAUAAACUUACGAGUAUACUUUCUGUCAUCAUAACGCCUCGCUGAGAAAUAUUUAAUUAGCCCAUUUGCUGCAUCGUUGAGGACCUUCGAAAUUACAGUCAUUUUCUUCCGUUGGAGGUGUCACAAGGGGGCCCAGACAGUCACUAGAUUGAGUUAUGAUUAUGUUAUUCGCUUUUCAUUAGCAAAAGUGUUCUGAAUAUGCGAUCCUGAGACUAUAGAUCCACGAUUAUGUAGAAGUUUUGCGAGAUGCGCUUUUUAUUUGAUUUGUUCUCUGAAAAUGAUUAUCCGGUGUAUUUGUGUGACCACCAGUUGCAUAUCGCGCAGAACUUUGAGUCUUCUGACAGCUUCAUGCUGCUGCAGUUUAACAUUGUGUGUGCUGUAUAUGAUUGGAUGUUAACGCAAAGGGUCAUAUCACCUCUGUUAUCUAAGAUGCAGGACUUUAAAAUAAACUAUUCAAUAAAUAAACAAAUAAAUACCGCGUAAAGCAUGUGUAUUUAUCAACCAGAAAAAUGACAAAUUAAAGGAAAAAACAACAUAAAACGUCUUAGAAAGUUACUAGCCGCUGGAACAGAUGCCAUGCAACUUGGCAUUGAUCCCUCAAUUCUCCGGAACUCUGCUGGAAAGAUAAUACACCAUUUUUCCAAAACAUGCCCCCCUGCAACCCUAGUUUUGAUUUAAAGAUGAUGGUGGAGGUCGCUAAAAUCUCCCAUAGGUGUUCAGAUGAUUUGAGCUCUGAUAUGAUAAAGUUUUUGAGUCAGACCAUUCUCAUACCCACUAAACCAUUCAGUGACCUUGUGCCCAGUGGAUGGGUGAGACAUCAUUUGGGUAGGAUUGGUUAAUCAUGGGAUAAAGAUGAACACUUAGGACAACUUUUGCACACUGCCUUCUAAGGUAACAACUGGAUCCAAACAAUGUCAAUAAAAUUUACCCCACAGAUAGAUAGAUAGAUAGAUAGAUAGAUAGAUAGAUAGAUAGAUAGAUAGAUAGAUAGAUAGAUAGAUAGAUAGAUAGAUAGAUAGAUAGAUAGAUAGAUAGAUAGAUAGAUAGAUAGAUAGAUAGAUAGAUAGAUAGAUAGAUAGAUAGAUAGAUCUAAAAACUGAAAAACAAGCACAAAUAUCUUGAGUGUUAUUUUAAUUUUUAGACUUUUUACUGAAGUUUGUCUCUAUUCUCCAGACUGUCCACGAUUUACAUCAGAGUUAGGCCCAAAUUAAUACUUCGUGUUAAUGCACACGCUUAUAGGAAAGUCGGGACUAGUUUGGGAAAUUGUCAUUGUCUGUCUUUUCCUCACUUAUGAAGUGCAGUCUGCAAACUCUAGUCUUUUCAUUUCACUCUGCAUUGUUUACAGCAAUAUAGGGCACCGGGCCCAUAAAUCUUCUCCUUGCUCUGCCAAGACAGCGCCAUUUGUAUGCACCGUUUUAACCGACAGCAUCCUCUGCCCAUUAACGUCUUCUCCCCAGCUCUCUCUCAGUCUCCCUUUAUCUGCGGAGCUCUGUCCCCUGGAAAUACAUUAACUGAUCCGUGCUUCCUUUGUGCUUUGUGAGCUAUUUAUAGACUUUUUUCUUAUAUGGAAGGAAUAUAUCUAAAUAUGUUAUAAAUAUAUAAUUUAUGGGGAAAGAAAACAAAAAAAGAAAAUCGUAAUUGUGUUGCAUCUGCCAGAUUUCGCCGUUUGUGCGCAGCUGCGGAUAUUCUCCAGUACCCUUUUCUGUGUGCGUUAUUGUUGUGAAAAAUAAAAGUUUAUAGACAAUUUCCUUGGUUGUUUGUGUCAGCAGGCGAGAGAGCGGAGAAGGUAAGGAGGAACUGUAAAAGGGUUGACACCCAGAGCGACCGGCGCGCUUUUGUGUGAGAGAGAAAAAUGAUUUAUUGCCACUGAGGCGGUUCAAACAGAGUUCACGGAGAAUUGUGGUGGAGGCGCGGAGGAGCUAAAUUAUGGUCUUGCUGAGCUAGUAUAUCAUAGAUUCUAUCUCCAAUUCAGAGAGUAUGUUCAAGGGUGUGAGGUAAGGAAAACAAAACGAAUUUAAUUACUUUCCCCACUUUCAGUCAGUCCUGAUCUACACUGCGUUAUUCAGCUGAUAAUAACACUAAUGCUGCUUUUACUACUAAUAAUAGAUUUAUUUAGGCGUGAGACGAAAAUACAAACUUAUGUCAGGGUUUUAUCAGUUUAUUUAGUUUUGUUGGCCCACAUUUACCUCACAGUGAAAAUGACAAAUUUAACCUUUAGCCAAUUUAAAUUUAAAUACUAAACCUUUCCACAGUCUUUAUUUAACUGGCCAGAAUGAAAAGGGGGGUGGGGGAAGAGAUAUCAACACUAUAGGUUUUUAGUGUCAAAAAAUAUUUUUGCUGCCUCACAGCAGUCAAAUUGAAAUUAUAUUAAUGUUGUAAGCAUUUUGCUAUGGCAGCAGUUGUUUCAUGUCCCUGAUUUUAUAUAAAAUAUUUCAUUAUGUAAAAAUAAAUUCAACUAAUAAAAUAAAAUUAAAAAUAAAAAUCUCAGGACGUGACACCAAGGUUCAGGUAAAACAUCGGUGAUAGUGGCAGCAGGGGUGAAACGGAGAAGGAGGAAGGCUCCUCUCUUUCCAUGCAACCCUGAGUGCAUAAUCCAUCACCUCUGAGACAUCUAAAGAGGGUUUUCUCGACAGCUUUGCAGCUUUGUACUGAAACACCAGAAGGAGCUUACAUCCAAAACAUGGUUCAGCUAAGAUUAAUACUGGCUUGGAAUAUUCUAACAGUAUAGUCUCCCAAACCUUCUCAUUUAGAAGAUGGUUUAGGGAGCACUAUUUAUAAUUUUGUGAUAGAUUCAUUAUUCUCGUUAUGUGGCCGUUUUGCAUAAAAUUGCGCAUUGCUGGAAUUAAACAAACACGUUUUAUGAGUUCUUUUUCCCCUACAGUAUAACUCAGUUAGGCCACAAUUGAUGUAGCUUUUAUCCCAAAUAAUUUCUCCCCCCCAAAAAAAAAUUAUUAUGGGUUUUAAAAUGAAGUUGAAAAAUUCAUAUUUUAUUUAGAUGUUUUACGUCUUCAUGGGUAAGUCCCAGGUGUCUUGGAUGUUUGGCACUGUGGCUGUAAACAGGCGCGUAAGAGCCUUAAACUGAGCAUCUCAUGUUUGGGUUCACGCCUUCGUGCAGAAGGAGGAAUUUAACCCCUCCAAAAGAUGCCCAUAGUGUUUGAGUGUUGCCUCCUGGAGCCACCGUCAGUGGACUCGAUGCUAUACUGUGAUGCCUGAUUAAUGCAAAUACGUUGAAUUGUCCUAUAGAAAAAAAAUCUUUAACGAUUGCGUCCUUUGUCUUUGUGUGGCAAUGACUGUCAUGUCUUUGUUUGACCACUCCCAGUGAAUCCCAUUAAGCCAAAGCUACACUGUUAUAAACACACGCUGUGUCUUAAAAGAAAGCCCGCCGAUUUAUAAUAGGUAUUUAAAUUAGUUUCAGACUAAGUUAUCCAAAAUAAGCGUAAUGAUUUCGUUUUACAGACUUAAAACAGAUUUACUCCAGUUAGUGCCCCUAGUAGAAUGAAACUACGCGGAUAAGCACCAUUAUUUAUAAUAGCGUUUGACUGGGGAAACAAACAAACAAACAAACAAGCAAACAAGGAGCGCAAUUUCUUUUUAAUAAUUUUACACCUACAAAAGCUUCCGCAGAAUAAUGAGCUGUGAUCCAUAACCAGUUAUUAACCAUCUCUUAUUCCACCUCACAGACGCGUAUUGUAGCGCAGAGAAAAAAAUCCUCGCAUCGCAUUUGUUUAAACCUACCACCAAAAAGUUCAGGAUGUGUGGCUGCGAGCGGCGGUUCCUUCAAAAAUAAAACGAGAAAAUGAGUCCUGUCAAAAGAGUUACAAUAUUACAAGAAAUUUGCGGCCAGUUUCUAAUGAAAUCCUCCUCACCGCACGUGCAAGCUUUGUCUGUCUCCCCCCCUUUCUCCUAAUGUUUUUCUCUCCGCUUAAACACAUCUCCCUCUUUCUCUUACACUGAUUACACAGUCGUUUGGCGUCUUUUCAUAUUCCAUUAUAUGUUUUUUUAUA